UCAAAUUAAUUUGGUAAUUUUAAUAUCCAAAAAACUCCUAUCCACAUUCAUUCAACUCUCCUUUUCUAUCAUUUCUCAAUGUUUUCCAGAAAGCCAUCACCAACUCCACCACAAAACCCUCUACAAUGCAAAACAAAAUCCGAAACCUUCUCAAAAACCAAAGAAACUUACAAUAACAUCACCAUUAACCAAUCAAUAAAGUUAACUCUUUUCAUUUCUCUAUUCAUUGCUUCAUGCUUCCUCCUUCAACCCUUCAAAUACUCAGUCACCAUCAAAACCACCACAACAUGCAACAAAUCAAGAAAAUUCUACAUUUACAAUCUCCCCUCACGUUUCAACCUCGAUCUCCUUAAAAACUGCGAAAAUCUCAACAUCUACACAAACAUGUGCCCUCACGUGACCCACAAUGGCUUGGGUCAACCAUUAUCAAUACCAUCAUGGUACGCUACACACCAAUUCUUAGCGGAAAUGAUUUUCCAUGCUAGGUUAGAAAAUCACGUGUGUCGCACGUGGGAUCCAAAUCAAGCAAUUAUAUUUUACAUUCCAUUCUACGGUGGUCUCUACGCUUCCAGCGUGUUCCGCGAACCGAAUCAAACACUCCGCGAUUCCCUAGCCGUUGAUUUAAUCGAUCAUAUUCAAAGUCAACCUUGGUUCAAACGCUACAACGGGAAAGACCAUUUUAUUUCCCUGGGGAGAACCGCAUGGGAUUUCAUGCGUUCACAAGGUGGACCCCAUGGUGCCAACAUACUUUUAGACCUGCCACCUGUCAAAAACAUGUCGGUGCUAACAGUUGAACGACAACCUUGGCAUGGCAAAAACCAAAACGGGAUUCCUUACCCGUCGUAUUUUCAUCCCAAGACAAAAAACGAAAUGCUGACGUGGCAGAAUAAAAUGAGACAAAACGACAGGCCGUUUUUGUUUUCUUUUAUUGGUGGGAAGCGGAAAGGGUUAGAGAAGGCAAAGGUACGAGACGAGUUAGUGAAACAAUGUGGCGAGUCGACUCAAUGCGAGUUGGUUCAAUGUGGGGGUGGGAAUAGUAAAUGUCAUAAACCAAUGGAAGUACUUGGCGUAAUGAUGAAGUCACGUUUUUGUCUUCAAGCACCAGGUGAUUCGUUUACGAGGAGGUCAACGUUUGACUCGAUUGUUGCUGGUUGUAUACCUGUAUUUCUGUCGGUGCAUACGGCGUAUACGCAAUACGCGUGGUAUUUGCCUGAGGAGAAGAAUACGUAUUCGAUUUAUAUGGACGAGGAGAAGGUGAAGGGGGGUGUUGAGAAGAUUGAGGAGGUGCUAAUGGGAAUUUCGAGUGAGGAAGUGAAGAGGAUGCGUGAAGUGGUGAUUAGUUUGAUCCCGAGGAUUAGUUAUGCGUAUCCAAAUGUUAGUGACAUUGGGUUUAGUGAUGCGGUCGAUGUUGCAUUACAAGGACUUUCUAGGCAUGUUAGGGACACAUUGGAGAAACCAUAGAUAGAGAUUUGGUUAAUUAAUUAACAGUAAAAUGUUUUUUUUAGCUAAUUACAAUAAAAUGUUGAUGCGUUAUGUCCUGUAUCUAUAUGUUUUUAAACUGAGGUUGCUAAUUUAAAAUCACCAUAAAUUUAUUUGUCGCA